UUGACUAGUUUUCGUAGAAGUGAGAGCAGCAGGAGGACUACCUGGAGGUCUAUCCAGGAUUUAAAGGGAUUUCACUCAAAAUUCGGAAAGCAAAGAAAGGAAGGAGGAAAAGGACUGCUGCUGUGUUGACAAAGGAUCGACUCUCUUCGUUAUAGCAGGAUAAUCGGGCAGUGUAAGAGCCAAAAUAGACGGUGAAAAAAUUCCUUAAUUGAAGAAGUGGUGAAGUGGAUGUGACUCAUUUUUUUGAGAAAUCACGUUGGACCUUUUUACAUUACGCUAUGGAAGCCGCGGAAUACGCAUCGCUUGUGGUGAGCUUCUGCCUGUUUAACAUCGUCUCUGCUUCGUCAAAUUAUGAGAAACGUCAGUUAGAGUCAUUUCAGAUGUGUGGCUUUGGGGGAUCAGAAGCAUCACUAUACAUUUCUCCGUGGGAUGCUGCAAUUUUGACAGUUGGUGAGGACUUUCAGGCCGCCAGAAAUAUCCACAGAUGUAAGGUUAGAGUUAAAACACAAGAAGGCUUUGGGUUAGCAGCUGUUAUUGAGGACAUGAGAAUACGGGGCAGAAAGGACAGGGAGACCAAUGGCUGGGUGUGCGAAGAUUAUGUUAAGAUGAGCACAUCAGGUACUUCCGUCCUUUACAAAUUCCUGGACACUGUACUACCAGGUGACCUCUUUAAGAGUAAAACAACAAAAGAACUGUGUGGAGUCCAACAGAACAGAGGAGAUGGAAACUCUUCAUUCAGGUUCUCGGAGGUGGGAUCCAACGCCAACAUCCUCUCCACGCUCGCCAGUCACUUAACCAUAGAAUUCCACCAAGAGAAAAGCAAUGAUAAUCCAGUGAAUAACACUUUCACGAUUGUUAUCACGACUUACAAACACGAUAGUGAUAAAGUGUUUGCAGAGGCUUGUCAGGGCAAGUACGUGUGCAAGGGGAACAACGAGUACCAGUACUGCAUUCACCCAAGAUACAAGUGUGACAGCCACUUCAACUGUGCUUUCCCUUAUAGUGGAUCAGAUGAGCAAGGAUGUAGAGCAAUACAACAUCCCAUAUUCUCCAUGACCACCAUCAUCAUCACAACGCUGGCUGGCAUUGUAGGGCUUGGGCUUAUAGUGUGCUGUCUCUUCACCAUAAUCAUGAGAGCCAGGUCUCGGACAACCACUCCAACAGGAACACCAAUCGAGGCUUCAGCACCGCCCCUUCAGCGCCAGCACACCCUGCCACGCUAUGAGGCAGUUGUUAAAUCUGAUGCUAGGCAGGAUUGGGGACCUGAUGCCCCUCCGUCCCCUAGUGAAUUCCCCCCGAACUACCAUGCCCUCUUCCCCAAUGGGCCUCCGAAGGACCUGGCUGCCGAGAGUGAUGAGUUAUAAAAGAAAGCCUAGAUGACGGGAAGGGUAGAAAACGAGAAACAAAGUGUGAAAGCAAAGAAAGAAAGAAAAAAAAAAAGUUCACAUGUCAGAUAAUGACCCAGAUGAAACAAAAACAAGAUAUAAAAGAAAGAAAGACAAUAGACUAUGAAACUUAUUCAGGUAAAUUUGAUCUGUGUUUAUGGUGUUUUUGUGUGUGAUGAUUAUAGUGAAGAAUCUGAAGAGAAGUUUCAUAGAACAAGACGUUUUUGAUGUGUUAUUGAUCUGAAGUAAAUGUAAACAUCAUUUUGUUGUGUGUAAUGAGAGUUGGUGAAUGUUAGAAAUAUUAUCAAUGACAUUUUUCAUAAUCGAGGUGCCAUUAUUUUAUUCCAUUGAUUUGAACAAAUUACAGCAGAUGAAAUUUUGAUCAGAUAACUUGUAUCCUUUGGUUUUACACAGUGAUAAAGGUAGAAGAUGGAUCGAGCUUGCCGUCAUUUCCAUUUGUCUUUUGCCAGGUGGCAGAUAUCCAUUAAUGUUAAGGUUGAUUAAACUAAUCCAAAAGAACCACUCAUAUGAACUCAUCCAUUAGCUUCUCGUAGGUAGCACUGGAUAAUUAUUUUUGUCAUUUGAAUCAAGUGACCUUUAAACGUCUUUUAAGGGUGCUUUCACUUUGCCGAGGAGCUUCCGUGUAUGUUUCCAUGUUGCUAUACUUUCUCAGAAACUUUAACUGAAUGGAAUGUUUCUUUUUAUAAAUUACUAUUGUGGCCAUUAUGAUACAUAAUCUAUAUAUAUAUAUAUAUAUAUAUAUAUAUAUAUAUAUAUAUAUAUAUAUAUAUAUGUAUAUCUAUAUAUAAGCAUUGAUAAUAAUGUGAUAGAGCUAUUCACAAAACUAUAGGAAGUAAUCUUUUAUGAAAUACACUAGGACUUUCAGGUCUGCAUUGUCCUAAUCAUGGCAUUUCUCCAAAUUCAGUGUGUAGCAAUGUUAUUAGAAUCUUACUCUGUCAAAAAAUCCUUUGGUGAUUUUUACAGGAAUCAUGUACAAUUCUCUGUGUUCAUAGUAAUGUGCAUGUUUUUGUAAUAUAUUCAAGAUAUUUUUAUAUUGCUGGUUAUUAAUGUGUGAUAAAGAAUUAGGCCUAGAAUGAAGACACAUUAAGGUAGAGCCUUUUGUACUGCAAAUUAUGUUUAUGAAUCGUUCAGGAAUGUUGAAUAUUAUUUUAUAUGUGGGAAACAUACAAGAAGUAAAUGCAUAACACACAUUGACACACGCGCACACUCAAACACGUACACGCACAUGCACAGUCACAGUCGCAUGCACAUGCACAUGCACACUCAGAUGCACAUGCACAUGCACCUCACCCCCUUCACACAUAAAAAUAACUCAAAAAUAAAUGUAUAUUUAUGUGCUUUCAUAAUUGUAAAGGUUUUUAAAAGUAAUUUAGUGUAAUCUUGCAUUUUGGAGAAUGAAAUUACAUAUAUGUAUCUUUUUUUCUUUCUGUAUUUUCAUUUCAAUUUAAUGAAUAUUUAUCCCAACUAGGUAGAUUAUUGGAGAUUUAUAAUUUCUCAGCUUUGUCGAUGAAAUCAUUGUCUUUGGGGCUCGUUUCUUUUUUGGUUGUUGACGUAAGUGGGAAAUGCUUAUAGCUAGUCUUCUUAUGGUUGUCACUCCUAUCAUAACUGCUGCUGUUAGUAAAUGGAGCUUCUUAUAUAUAGUGGACUCACAGUUUGCCUAUUUCGCCUAAAGUACAUGUGGAGAUAAAGAUAGACACUUAUGACGCAUCUUAGAGAAGGUUAGAGAUAACGAGAGACUGAUCUAGAUUGAGAAAUUGGAACUAAAUGAUGAAGAUGGAGUUAAAGAGAAAAUAUAUGAAAGUUGUUUAUUAGAGUGAGACUUGGGUAUUGAUGAAUUAAUUUAGAGAUGGAAAGAUGAGUAAACAAGACGGAGAGGAAGAGAGAAAAAAAGACGAAACACAAAGAGACAAAUCACAGAAACAAAGGUAAAGACAGAGGGGGUAAGACUAGAAGAACGACAGAGACACAUAGAUGUGUUCAUAUAUUACUGAAUAACCUAUUUACUUUGUGAGUGAAUGGUUAGGAUGCUAGAAUAUGACAGAAAAUUUCAUCUGUAUGGCUGUACUCCUCAUGUGUAAUGGGAGAACGUAAAGUAUGUGUAAUUUUAAGAUCUUAUAACCCCCAUUUAAGCCUUUCAACUCUAUCUUGUAGGUUUUUACUGUCUUCAUCUUUUAGAAAUAAUAGUACAUUUUAUGAAAAAUGUAAAACUUGUAGUUAAACUUGUAAUGGACAAUAUUUUCAUACCAUCAGUACAUCUUAACAGGUUCAUUUGUAACUCAAUGAGAGAAUUUCUGUAGUCUGUAGAACAUCAGUGCCAUAUUUGAAAAGAUAUAAUCAAAAAGUUAUCUGGAUAGUUUCAUGCACUGGAAAGUAGAUGAAUGAGAAUUUGAUUGGUUGAAAAUUAGAUGACUUUUUUUUUUUAUAGAGUCUUGGCCAGCAUGUAAAUGAUCUAUGUAUGUGAAGCUUUGGGUCCUUUUUGACUCUCGGUUAUCCUUUCUGAAGUUUGCGGUUAUUCCACUUCUUUAGACUUUUAAGAGUUUUCAUGGGUUUCCUUCCCCAUCUUUUCCUUUUCUCUGUUAGAGUCUGAUUCUUGUACUUUUUUUCUUUUUGUUCUUUAAAUUCAUUCUCAUGGUGUCUAGCUUCUGAUAAUUUUGCUUUCAUAGUAAGCACAAAGUUGUAGAAAUCACAGAAGCUACAACAAAUAUACUUAUUUUCUAACUCAAAUGCUAUAUGAAUAUCUUUAUAUUGCUCUUGCUAACAGUAAAAAACAAUAUAUAAUCAUGCUCAAGUUCCAAUGAGGUGGUCUAAUAUUUUUAUGCAUUAUAAGAUACAGUAGUUAUCAAUAACUGGCUGGUGAUAUUUUAGUGCACAAGAAUUAGGUGUUCUGACUUCCUUGUAUAAUGCCAACAACUGAGUUUGAUACUCUGUAAUUACGAUUUUUUAUGUGAGCAUUUUACUCCUUGCUCUUAUUGCAUUUCAUUUAUUUUCAUUCCUGUGGUGCAUCUGAAUGUUAGGACUAGUGAUAUGGCCAAUCUCAGGUUAUUUCACUUAGGGUAGAGCUUUCACAUUUACAAAGCUAAAUUAACAGUUUGGAUUGGUGUUCUGUAUUUUGCUAACACAGUAGUAUGGCAGGAUGGAUAGAAAACUCAGAAUUUUAUCCUGGAUACAAAAUGAAAGUAUGGCCUUUGGAAAAUGCACUGUUCUGUUUCCUUUUUAAUUAAUAUCAGGUGUUGUUUGCUUUUCUGAUGAAGUAGAUGUUAGUAUCAAUAUAUGCCAUGAAUAUAUGUAUUGUUAGGGAAGUGUAUAGAGCAUGGUUCUCAGUUCCAAAUUUGUGUGUGCUCAUUGUAUCUUGAGCAUUGAGAAAUGUACAAUGUUUGAUUGUAGUCAACUCUGCUGUUUAAAGUUGUGCUUUCAAUUAUUAUAGCAAUCCUAGGUUGUUGAAGCAAAUGCUUAGUAUCUGUGGUAACACUUUCCAUUUAAGCUAAUUGGAGAUGUAGAGAACAAUAUCUUAUCUUUACUGCUGUGUUCUCUCAGCCUGUCCAUUUUUUUUUUUUUUUUUUUUUUUGAAUGAUACAAAUAUACGGCAUGCAAAUAUACUCUUGUUAUAAGCUGUGCAUUGAGUGAUCAUCAAAAAUAAAUAUUUUGAAGUAUGGAGAAGCAUCACUUUAUACUAUUUGUAGUAAAUAUAGCUUUUAUUAUAUAUCUGACCUUUUCAAGGGAAACACAUAUCACAUAAAUUUUUGGAGAGUUAUGCAAAACAGUUAUAUGCUUCAUAAGGCAGUUUUGCACUCAAUUUUACAUAUUAGAUUAUUAUUUUACAUAAAUAGUAGAAUAGAUUAUAUAACAAUUUAGCCAAGAUAUAUUCAGCAGGAUAUUCAAAUUAGACCUGUCUAUUAAUAAACUUUUGAAUGAUAUCGAAGCCAGUUGUAUAGUCGUUGGCUGCUGGCAGUCUGUCUGAAUGGUAUAAAGAUGAACUCAAGAUGUAGAAAGUGUCAUUAGAGCAAUUUGAUAUAUGUAUGUAUAUGUACGCAUAGAAAAAACAACUAUUUUUCUUGUUGCUGUCUGGAUAUUGCACAGCCUUACUUUUUUGAUAUGGUCAAUGUGAUAAGGUUUCUUGUUUACCAUUUUAUACUGAAAUAUUUGUCAUAGAUGUUCAAAAUCUUGAAAUAAAUCUUUGUAUAAAAUAU